UGGCGAUCUGCCAAUAGUUCAUGUCGAUCAGAUUAUUUUUGAGGAGUGAAACUAAUUUUGUAACAAGAAAAGCCAACUUUGCGUAUUUUUUAAAUUAUAUUUAUUCGAUAACUAGGAACAUGAAAUACGUUAAGCUUUCUCAAACUGCGGAUUUAAUGCCAACACUGGGAUUAGGAACAUGGCAGGCUUCUCCGGAAGUAAUAGAAUCAACUGUUUACAAAGCUUUAGAAUUGGGAUACCGUCAUAUUGACACUGCCUUUAAUUAUAACAAUGAGGAAGCUAUUGGUAAUGCUAUUAAUAAAUGGAUUAAUAUUGGAAAGGGAGCUAGGAAGGACUUAUUCAUUACUACUAAGCUGCCCCACGUGGGUAAUCGUGCAUCAGAUGUGAAGAAAUUUCUUGAUCUUCAGUUGAAACGCCUGCAGAUGGAAUACGUAGAUUUGUACUUGAUACACGUACCUUUCGGCUUCCACUGCGACCCGGAGACGUUGACUCCAGUCGUGAGGAGCACUGGCGAGUAUGAUUUGGAUAUGGACACCGAUCACAUAAGCACUUGGAAGGAAAUGGAAGCAUGUCAGAAAGAAGGUCGUAUUCGUAAUAUAGGACUGUCUAAUUUCAAUGAGUCGCAAAUGUUAAAGAUUAUCAAAGCCUGUACAGUAAAGCCACAGGUGUUGCAAGUGGAAUUGCACGCUUACUUUCAGCAGUUGGAUUUGCGCAAGUUCUGUUCCGAACACGAUAUUGUGGUCACAGCGUAUGCCCCCUUAGGAAGUCCUGGCGCGAAAGAUCAUUUUGUUAAUAAAUAUAAUUAUAGUCCUGAUGCAUUUCCGGACUUGCUGGGACAUCCAGAAGUAAAUGAAAUUGCAAAGACUCACGACAAAACUCCUGCUCAAGUGUUGUUGAGAUAUUUGAUUCAGCAAAAGAUUGUAGUUAUUCCGAAAAGUACCAGCGAAAAGAGAUUGAAGGAAAAUGCCGACCUAUAUGAUUUCGAGCUAACACCAGCGGAGGUUAAUCGUAUAAAGAAACUGGAUAAAGGAGAGGAGGGUCGAAUUUUCAAUUUCUUGUUUUGGAAGGGAGUUGAAAACCACCCUGAAUAUCCAUUUAAAUUAGCUUCAGCAGUUAACUAGUUUCGUAAUUUUUAAAGUAAAACAAUUUUUGAUUAAUUUUUUUAAUUUUUUAGCAUCACUGCCAAAUAGCAAUUUCGUUUGAAAUUAUUUUAUUUUAUUAACUAUUGCCGAUAGGUAAAGACCAGUAGUCUAGUCAACGGCUUACUCUAAUUUAAAAAAAAAGUUCUCGAUAAAUAGAUGUGUUUACUCAUCAUGGGGAUAUUUUAUUUUUAUUUAAUUUAAGAAACAAAUAGUACAUAAGUUAUGUUGAAUUAAAGAGCAAUUUCUUAAAACAAUAAAAACUAAUAGAACUUAAAAUAUAAUGUCAUAUCUUCAGUGUAACUGGGGAUAGGACGAUAAGUUCGUGAUAUUAUUAAUAAGUAUUAGCUUUUGACAUGGUAACGUCUUAUAAAUCGAUGAGCACCGGCUGCACGUACGAAAAAGUGUCACGUUCCGCCCGAGCUUGCAAGAGAGGGCGCGGAACAGGCAAUAAAGAGACAAUCGACCCAAACGUUGGCUCGUGACACAUUUAUCUCUUUUCUCGCGUGACGUCGAGCUAGCAGUUCGAAAUAAUUGUGACAAUAAUUUAAUUCAAUUUAUAAAAGUAUGCAAUUUUUCCUCAAUGUUUCUUUAUGAAGUUAACACGUAAAACUAUCGGCUGUAAACCGACUUUACAGACAACAACCAAUAUUCCUAAAAAAGCAACGUCUGACGUACUGGUUAGCUUGUAGAGACACAUUUAGUUUAAAAUGGCUUGUUUAAGUUAUCAAUGACCAAUAAAUUAGUGCAAUAAGGAACAUGGAUAUAUAGAAUCUUUAGACCUUUAAGGCAAUUUAACGUUAGUCCCUUAUAAACGAUUUACAACAAAUCUCAUUUGUUUCAAUAUAAACAGUUCUUAAAUACAAUUUGCUUUAUCUGGUACUAGUCAGUAAAAAUACUGUUACAGAUUUCUAGUCGAUAUGUAUAACGUAUAAAUAUACUGCUCAUUAUGAACAAUAAGUAGCUUAAUUAUUAAAAUCGCUCAGUGAACCAUUCCUAUUGAAUAACUAAAAUCUUAUGUAAUAAUUUUAAUUAUUUUUUUAUCACUGUAGUAACAAUUUAAAUAAAAAGCAAAAUACAA